AUGACAUGUGAUUUAUAUUGUAAGCUCCCCUCUUGGUUAGCCCUAACCCUGUUGGUCUUCCAGGGGUAAAAGACAUCCUUCAUGAUAUGAACGUUGUAUAUGUGAGGAGAUAUUAUUGAGAUGUUAUGAGUUCAGAAUGUUCAGACCAACCGUGAGUCCUGCUCUCCCCAUGUCCAGAGCUCUGAGCUGUCAUCAUGACUGAGCUCACUGGUUAACCAGCGUAGGAGGGAACAACACCCGAACACUAGCCUUGGAGUCGUCUAUAUCUCUCUCUCAAUCAGCUUGUUUGUCAAAUCAGCCUUUGACUGUAAAUCAGCCUUUGACUAUGAAUCAGCCUUUGACUGUGAAUCAGCCUUUGCCUGUAAAUUAGCCUUUGACUAUAAAUCAGCCUUUGACUGUGAAUCAGCCUUUGAUUGUGAAUCAGCCUUUGAUUGUGAAUCAGCCUUGGACUGUAAAUCAGCCUUUGAUUGGGUGGGGAGUGUGUGUGUAGUUUUGUCUUUAACGCAUGGGUAAAUCUCAAUAUACUGGAAGGAAUGCAGUGAAGAAAAACAAGGGCUAUCAUGUAGACUACAAUAUUCACAGUGUUUUUGUUUUGAAUCUGUUUGCAGAAUACAUCUCUCCUGUAGCCUGUCACCAUGAGGACUGUCAGAGUGUCCACUCUCCAUCUGACAGCCCUACUAACAGGUGAGAGGAACAAGCUAAUGAAAUAUCAUAAAAAAUAUACUGUAUAACAUAAUUAGGGCCUGGGUCUUUCCUGGUCAGGUUACGUGGUAGGGGAAAAACGCCUGGCCCUAGUAUCCAGCUAACUUGCCAUUGAGAUUGUUGGCAUUGUUCUUUAAUAUGGAAGGCAAAGAGCGUUUAUCAGCUUAAAAAGAUCAUUAUUGUCCGUCCUCCCUUCACCUCCAGACUCUUCACAUCCCUCAUCACUGUGUAAUUGGAUGGAUUUCUGAGUUGUUAUUGCUAUCUUAACCUUUGACCCUUGACCUGGGGAUCUAGCUGUUCGACCCCAAACCUGACCUUUCCUUGUUUGUGUUGACUGCAGCUCUUCUGCACCUAUGCCCUGAGUACCGUUGCGUGGAGAUCUCCCCUAGCAACAGCGAGGUCAUCAUGACACCGGGCGACUCCAUGAUCUUCACCUGUUCCAGCUGGGGGACGGUCGGAUGGAGGUUCAAGCGGGAUGAAGACAUUCCCUAUUUUGGAGUGGAGAACCAAAACACAACCAGUGUUCUCAUUCUGGACAACGUGACGUGGAGACACACAGGAGUGUACGUCUGUGCCGAGGCUUGGACUGACGAGGCUAGAGAGGUGGCUGUCUUUGUGCAGGGUGAGAAUAACUUUACACUCUGUCACAGCUAAUAACCUACACAGUUAGGUUAGCUUAGUCAAAUGUUUUGUUCAUAAUUCCCAGGCAAAUAUUGUAUCUUGUAACAGCGAUCUCAGCUCUUAGGCCUUAAAAACUUGGUUCAAUCAUGAUAUGAAGUAAAUCUUAUUUUCUCUCUCAUGGUGUGAAAUGAUUCCUCUUAUCCCUCCAGCUAAUUGUUCCUCUCCCUCUCCUCCACACAGACCCUGAUGUGUGGUUCAUUGAGAGCUCCCACGGCAUGGUGACCAAGACCAGCGAGGAGGGGACCAUCCCCUGUGUGGUCACCAAUCCCAGAAUCAACGUCACCCUCUACGAGAGGGACAGUGACAUUCACCUGAAGGGGGUCUACAUCCCCAGUGAGGGCUACAAGGCAGCCCUGGAGGACAGGACCUAUGUGUGUCGUGGGGAGCUGAACGGGGAGGAGAAAGAGUCCCAGGCCUUCUACGUCUUCAGUAUUGUUGGUGGGUACCUGGAAGGGGCAUGGGGUUGGAGAUGGGGCUGGUAUAGAGAAGAACACUAUUGUCUGCUCAAACCUAUAGCUUGUAAUUACAUGCUCUGUACUGUAUGGCAUUGUUGAUGUGCAUGUCUGGAUUUAACAAAGUAUUGCAGUAUUGCACAAGGGUAUUAAUCUAUUGGUGUCACUUAAAAGGCUAUCAAGCUGUUGUAUCUCAGUUUCAAAAAUAACAAUGAACUCUCCCUCCCCUUCCUCUCUGCCUACCUCCCUCCCCUUCCUCUCUGCCUCCCUCCCUCCCUCCCCUCCCUCCCCUUCCUCUCUGCUCCCUCCUCCCCUUCCCGCCCCUUCCUCCCCUCCCUCCCCCUCCCUCCCCUUCCUCUCUGCCCCUCCCCUCCUCUCUCCUCCCCUCCCUCCCCUUCCUCUCUGCCUCCUCCCUCCUCCCCUUCCUCUCGCUUCCUCCCUCCCCUUCCUUCUGCCUCCCUCCAUCCCCUUCCUCUCUGCCUCCCUCCUUCCCCUUCCCUCUCCUCCCUCCCUCCCUCUCUGUUUCCCUAUCCCUCCCCUUCUCUCUGCCUCCCUCCCCUCCUCAUCUCUUGCCUCCCUCCCUCCCUCCUCUAUGCCCCCUCUCUGCUCUGCCUCCCUCCCUCCCCUUCCUCUCUGCCUCCCUCCCUCCCUCCCCUCCCUCCCCUCUCCCUCCCUCCUUCCCUUCCUCUCUGCCUCCCUCCCUCCCUCCCCUUCCUCUCUGCCUCCCUCCCCUUCCUCUCUGCCUCCCUCCCUCCCCUCCCUCCCUUCCUCUCUUCUCCCUCCCUCCCUCCCCUCCCUCCCUCCUUCCUCUCGCCUCCCUCCCUCCUCCCCUUCCUCUCUGCCUCCCCCCUCCCCUUCCUCUCUGCCUCCCUCACUCCCCUGCUCUCUCCCUCCCUCCUCCCUCCCUUCCUCUCUCUUCUCCUUUCUCCCUCUCUCUCCACACACUUCCCGAAUUAGUCCCGGAGACAAUCGACGCCUACGUCAAUGCGUCUAAGACGGUGCUGAAGCAGGGCGAGCCUCUGACAGUGAACUGCACGGUGCACGGAGUGGAGCUGGUCUUCUUCUCCUGGGACUACCCCAACAGAGACGUGAGUGGGAGAGAAGAGAGAAGAAGAGAACAUGGCCUUUUGUUUGACUUUCCCUUCACUCGUCCCGGGGAGGCGUAGACUAAAUUACAUCAAGAUGUCUGUUCAGCCACACCUAGAUGUGUUAAAUCCCCAUUGAAUCUCACUCACAACAGACACAUGGUUUUCAUAUCAUUAUUGAUAAUACAGUACAUUUAUGGUGGUGAAAGUGUUUUAAGUUUGAAUGCACAGACACUGACAUAAUACUUAUACAAGUGUAUAAAAUCAACACUUCCUGUUAAACUUGUAGAAUCUUAUAUUACUUAAAUAGGAAUAACCGCAAGAAGAUCUUUUGAGUUGAAAAAAAGAAUCCCUUUAUAAUAAAGCAUUGCAUGCAUCUAUAAACUCAUUUGCGUAAUGGGAUACAGUUGAGCAGAGGCGUUUUUAGAAUUUCCACAUAUGGGGAAACGUUUUUAGCAGGGUAAAAAAAAAAAGGUUAUAUAAACGCAUUUCAUGCAAUUCUACAACAUUUAUGAUAGAAGACAUUAGUAGAAUAUUUUUAAAUACCACAAAUGACCGCAAUGAGUGUCUACUCUGACAGUGACGAACUGAGGGCAAUAAAAACGACCUGGUCUUGAAUGCAAACAGGCCGAUGAAGAGACACACAGAUUGUAAGUAUUAUUAGGAAUAUAUAUAUUAUAGGCUUCAGUAGGCUACUAAAUAAACGUUCCAGUGGCACUGGCUAACCCAGUGUUGACGAUGAAGCCUAGCUUACUCACUACUGCUGUUCGCUCAGAAUUGCUCAAAAGUUGUUGAGAUAAAAAUGGUUAGCAGACAGAUUAGUCUUCUCUUUUCAGCAGUAGGCAUAUGCUUUCCAAACUGUAAAUUUUUCUCGCAAUUGUAUUUUGAAAUUUGCGAAAGGGAAACUGACACCUGCAACCAACCAUAGAAAUAUUGUACAUAGAUGGCAGUUCCCAUUCAAGUCAGGCCUGGCGGCCAUUGCAGCGUACCCAUGUGUUUAAAGGAAAACUCCACCCAAAAACUAUAUUUUGGUAUUUGUUUCAUUAGACCAUUGUUGAUAUAGUCCCAAAAUGUUUUGCAUGUCAGCAAUCACAUUUUCAAGAUAUAUAACUUUCAAAAUACUGAAAUACAGCCGGUAUGAUGCAUUUUGCCGGCUGUAUUUCAGUAUUUUGAAAGUUAUAUAUCUUGAAAAUGUGAUUGCUGACAUGCAAAACAUUUUGGGACUACCAAAAUAUCGUUUUUGUGUGGAAUUUUCCUUUAACAGGCAAAUUGCCAGGGUUAGAGGUUCCAAAACCCUUCUAUAGAUGAUAUGUCUAUUGCCACAAUGGAACAAAGUUGCUAUUUUCUAAUGUAAUUUGGGGAAAUGUAUUUCAAUUUAUCAGGGGGUGCUGCAGCACCUCUAGCAACCGUACUUCCCGCGGCUAUGAUUACUUAGUUGGUACUUCAAUAGCCUUCUCACAGACCUAAACAUUUACUGAUGCAUCCCUUUACUCUCCUGUGUUUGCCAGGUGGACUCCAUUGAGCCGUUGACCGACGUCCUGUCGUCCCAGAGCAUGCGCUCCUGCCUCAUCUUCUCUAAGGCGACGCUGGCCAACGCAGGGCAGUACGUGUGUCACGUUCACGAGGGUGUCCAGGACCAGAGUGCCACCGCCAACGUCAACAUCACUAUCCUCGGUGAGAAGGAGACAGGGAGAGACUCUCUCAAAACAAACUAUGACUGGAUUGCUUAUUAUUAUGGGUCUUUUUUAGACUGAAAGAGCACCAUUCAUAACAUGAACCCCCAUGCACUAGGUGAGAGAGAAUUCUGUUCAAAUAAACCACAUUUGAUUUAUUUUCCUUUUUCAUGUAGCUUGCUAUUGUCACUGAGAAAACAAGCAUCUGUGUUUUGUGUGAGACCACCAUCAAUUAAAAUCAAAUAAUAUAGAAUUAUUAUUUUUGAUAACAUUAAUGGACAAAAUUCUCCAAUCUGAGGGUUUGUAUAGAAUCGGAAACAGCAGUGCAAACUGGAAAUGUAUUUUAUCUGUGUUUUUAACUUCUGAAGUUACUUCAAAUAAUUAAAAGUCAUUCAAUUUAAUUGCAGCUAACAAGCUGCAAAUUGGAAGUCAACAGAAUGUUUUUUGAAGGGUAAACCCAACAUUUCUCUCUUUCACCUUCUCCGUCUUUGAGGAUUGGAUGUAGCCUAAGCUACAGUCGUGCCUCUGUGAAUGCUUAGCCUAAGCCCACUGAGGUGUGUUAUAUUUAGGCCACAGUAACCAAGCAUGUAUAAACUGCCUUAUUCAGAGCCAGGGUAUGCUUGCUGUGAUUCUGUCUCUCUCCAGGGCUCUGGACCAAUGCUCUGGACAGCCCUUUGGAAAUGACAGAUCCUCAUUCCAACCAGUUCAAUAGAGCACAUAAUAACCACCUCAUUGUAUACAGUACAGUACACUGUAACUAAUCAGCAAUAAACUGAAUACAGUGCAUUUAAUACAAGGUACUUUUGAUAUCAUGGUAUAUAGGUUAUCCCAUACUGUGUACCAGAAUAUAGGAGCACUGGGUAUAGAAUUAUGGAUCACGAUGUAAAGGCUUAAUGAUUUCUUCCCUUGCCUGGGUGCCAGUCUUUCUGUUUGAUCCUAUUAGUCUAUUUCUUCCCUCCUGCAGGCCACAUGUUCUUUCAGGAUGUAAACAGAGGUGCUCUACUUAUUAUGUGGUCACUAAUGACAACCUUUCUCCUCCGUCAGAGCGAGGCUUUGUGGAGCUGAGGUCUGUCCAGGAGCGUAACGUCUCGGCACAGCUGCACCAGAAUGUAGAGCUGAGGUGGAGAUAGAGGCCUACCCCGCUCCACAUGUCCGCUGGACCAAAGACAACGCCACCGUCAAUGGAGACAACACUGUCAUCACCAGGCAGGAGCACGAGACCAGGUCAGACCACCUGGACGACGAUCAAUUCUAACCAAUUUGGAGAUUGAAUUUAUCAAUAAGUUGGUCUAUUUGUCGUUGCAUGAAAUCAAAACAACAGAUCAACAGGAUUUACAAUCACACUUGCAUGGUAUGCAAUGCAUCACGUUAGCCACUCAUUGGGGAAUUUACCCUCUCAGAGAUGGUCUUAGCCAGUCUCUGGUUCCUGCUGGGUGUUAAAUGAUGUAGUCUUGCUGUCUGAGAGGAUUGGGUUACCUGCUGCUCUUAUCUGGUGUUGACUGAUAGGGACUGGAUGUCUCAGAAGGUCUUAGGGUCUUACAGAUGUUGAUGGAUUGUUUAAGAUGAUUUAGUCCUGCUAAAAUAUGGUUUAUCCAGGAUGUGAUUUCAUGACGUUUCUAACGGUGUGGUUCUCCUUUACUCUUCUAACUCAGGUACGUCAGCAUGUUGACCUUGGUGAGGAUCAGGACGGAACAGAAGGGACUUUACACUGUUCUUGUCGCCAACGGAGAUGACACCAAGGAAGUGACAUUUGAUCUGGAGGUCAAAGGUGAGUCGCCUUCACAGCAAUAUAAACCAUUGGGGUGUAUCUCAUUAGUCUUAUGUGACUCCUCCUUUUCGUCAUCAGCACUGAUUUGAAAGAACUACAUCCACCAUGGUCCAUUGCUUUCACCCUCCCUACGCUUUGAGAUCAGUGCAAAUUAAGGAGAGGUGAUGAGGAUAAAAGGUCAAUUUAGACUUAAGACUAUGGAGAGGCAACCGUGGCUCAACAUUUACCUAUACUUAUCAUCUAGAGUAGUUCCUAACCCUGUAUCCCUCUCUGUGUAGUCCCCCCUCAGAUCACAGACCUGUCGGACCACCACCUCCCAGGGAAGAGGCAUGCAGUGACCUGUGUGGCCGAGGGGGUCCCCUCCCCCUCCAUCCAGUGGUUCAGCUGUGACAGCAUGCUCAAGUGAGUAUCAUCAUCCUCAUCAUCAUCAUCACAGUGUCUGGGACUCUGUCACACUGUGAACACUAGAGGGCACACUUUGCUGACACUAGUUUUUGCUGUUUGUGUUUUAGUAAUUGCAGUUUAAACUGAUGUCAGGCCAACUAUGGGUUAUUAGACUGCUUCUAUACCCGAGUCUGCUCUGAGUGCAUUAGCUGGCAGCAUUUACCUCUGACACACCUGAGUAGAGGUAGCAGUAGUAGUACACCUGUACUACUGGACUAUUGAUUAUCGUUGUAACAUCUCUCCUAGGUGCAGUAACCGGAGCACAGUGUGGCAGCCCCUGGUGUCAGACCCUGAGACCCUGAGUGUCCAGACCAACAUCAGUUUCAAUGAGAGCCGUAAGGUGGGCCAGGUCCGCAGCCAGGUCACCUUCCACAAGACCCAGCAGGUGACCAUCCGCUGCGAGGCCAGCAACGAGGGAGGAGUCCGCAGGAGGGACAUCAAACUGGUGUCCAGCAGUACGUAUCUCAAAUAUAAGACACAAUAUUGAUGUUAUUAUAUGAAGACAUUAUUUUAUAUAUGGGGUUCUAUGUAUUUACAUACACAUACUGUAUUCAAGGAAGGAUCAAGUAGGCAACUCAAGUCCUGAAUAGUUGCAGGGUAUGCAGCCUCUUGGUUCCAGUCCAGUACUAACAAAUCUGAUAAUUAAUAGUUUAUGUUCUAGGUGAAUGUUAUACUAGGAAUAAAUGUUCUUUGUAGACUUCUGUCUGUCUAUAAUGUAAUAGUUGGAUGUUAAUAUUCCGUGUUGUGUUCCAGCUCUGUUCUCCCAGGUGGCAGUGUUGGCUGCGGUUCUACCCCUGGUGGGCAUCCUCAUCAUCUCCAUCAUCAUCCUCAUCGCUGUGUGGAGGAAGGUGAGACUACACAGAGAAGACACAGUGAACAAUGUUAAAACAACUAUGCACAAUGCAGUACUGCUACUAACUCACUCAUGGUAUCUCAAUGUCCCUGAGUGAUUGGGUAACUCUAUUCUGUGUUGCCUCAGAAGCCUCGCUAUGAGAUCAGGUGGAAGGUGAUAGAGUCGGUGAGUUUGGACGGCCAUGAGUACAUCUACGUCGACCCCAUCCACCUGCCCUACGACCUGGCCUGGGAGAUGGCCCGAGACAGCCUGGUGCUGGGUAAGGACCAGGAACCACCGGAGAAGGGGGUACCAAUGUACAAUAUACACUGCAGUGGUGGUCGGUGCCGUUUAGUUAUUUUUUUGAGUAUGGCCUUAUUUCUAUUACAGCAUAUUGGAUGACUGUCAUUCAUAUUCCAUUCACCCAGCUCAAUGUAACAUCGAUAGGUUUAGGCUACUACAUGAUACUCAAAUGUUCCAUAUACCCAUCAUGAGGUUGCUACAACCUAGCCUAAGAAUGAUAGUUUACAACAUAGUUGCACAGGUCGAGAGAAAUUUGAAUAAUCAAGGUGACAGACAUUGACACAUUCAAUACCGCCUUGCACACUCUUGCCUGCAUCUAGCUAAUCUGGGGUGUAAUCAUUAGUCCAGCAGUUGCAAACAAGAGUUUCUGUUGGAAAAAUUCAGGUAUGUUUAUCGCCGUUUCAUUCCGUUUGCUUCCGUUUAAGAAACAUUUUCAACAGAAUCUGCGGAAUGAAUACCCCCCUGAUCAUACGCAAACACAGUUCACUUUCAUAGCAGCCACAUACAAACAGCAUGAUUCAUUUGGACAUUGUAUAAUUAUUUCUCGCAUCUAAGCACUCAACUCCUCUCACCAUUUCCCUUAGCUUGUGGACUUCAGUGCACGACACAUCAGCUGUCUGUGACAAGGCGAAAAAACCUUUCCAAGCAAACCUUCAUAUCAUAACCGCUAACUGCUAAACACAGCCUACAUCGUUGUCACCAUAUUAACGUCAUAGUCAACAUACACAAUAUAUACAAAAGUAUGUGGACACCCCUUCAAAUUAGUGGAUUAAGCUAUUUCAGCCACACCCAUUGCUGACAGGUGUAUAAAUUCGAGCACCCAGCCAUGCAAUCUCCAUAGACAAACACUGGCAGUAGAAUGGCCUUACUGAAGAGCUCAGUGACUUUCAACGUGGCACCGUCAUAGGAUGCCACCUUUCCAACAAGUCAGUUCAUCAAAUUUCUGCCUUGCUAGAGCUGCCCCGGUCAACUGUAAGUGCUGUUAUUGUGAAGUGGAAACAUCUAGGAGCAACAACGGCUCAGCAGCGAAGUGGUAGGCCACACAAGCUCACAGAACGGGACCGCCGAGUUCUGAAGCGUGUAGCGCGGAAAAAUCGUCUGCCCUCGGUUGCAUCACUCUCUACCGAGUUCCAAACUGCCUCUGGAAGCAACGUCAGCACAAUAAUUGUGCGUCGGGAGCUUCAUGAAAUAGGUUUCCAUGGCCAAGCAGCCGCACACAAGCCUAAGUUCACCAUGCGCAAUGCCAAGGGUUGGCUGGAGUGGUGUAAAGCUCGCUGCCAUUGGACUCUGGAGCAGUGGAAAUGCGUUCUCUAGAGUGAUGAAUCACCCUUCACCAUCUGUCAGUCCAACGGACGAAUCUGGGUUUGGCGGAUGCCAGGAGAACACUACCUGCCCCAAUGCAUAGGGCCAACUGUAAAGUUUGGUGGAGGAGGAAUAAUGGUCUGGGGCAGUUUUUCAUGGUUCGGGCUAAGCCCCUUAGUUCUAGUGAAGGGAAAUCUUAAUGCUAUAGCAUACAAUGACAUUCUAGACAAUUCUGUGCUUCCAACUUUGUGGCAACAGUUUGGGGAAGGCCCUUUCCUGUUUCAGCAUGACAAUGCCCCCGUGGACAAGGCGAGGUACAUACAGAAAUGGUUUGUCGAGAUCGGUGUGGAAGAACUUGACUGGCCUGCACAGAGCCCUGACCUCAAUCCCAUCGAACACCUUUGGGAUGAAUUGGAACGCCGACUGCGAGCCAGGCCUAAUCGCCCAACAUCAAUGGUCGACCUCACUAAUGCUCUUGUGGCUGAACGGAAGCAGGUCCCUGCAGCAAUGUUCCAACAUCUAGUGGAAAGCCUUCCCAAAAGAGUGGAGGCUGUUAUAGUAGCAAAGGCAGGACCAACUCCAUAUUAAUGCCCAUGAUUUAGGAAUGAGAUGUUCGAAGAGUAGGUGUCCACAUACUUCUGGCCAUGUAGUGAAAAAAAAAAAUGUGUGUACCUACUAGAACUAACGUGUUAGUAAACCCGCUACAAUCAUGCAGUUCAAAAAAUCAAAUCAAAAUCUAAUCAAAUCAAAUGUUUUUGUCACAUAUGCCAAAUACAACAGGUGUAGACCUUACAGUGAAAUACUUACUUACAAGCCCUUAACCAACAAUGCAGUUUUAAGAAAAUAGAGUUAAGAAAAUAUUUACUAAAUAAACUAAAGUAAAAAGAAAAAAAAAGGAACACAAUAAAAUCACAAUAAUGUGACUAUAUACAGGGAUACCGGUACCGAGUCAAUGUUCGGGGGUACAGGUUAGCCAAGGUAAUUUGUACAUGUAGGUAGAGGUAGGUAGGGUUGAGGUAAUUUGUACAUGUGAAAGUGAAAGUGAAAAAAAUACAACUAAAUCUCUCUCUCUCUUUCUCUUGCUUCUCCUUCAUUUUUAAAUAAAUACAUUUGUUCAAAACUGUUCAACUAUUGUCUUUCUCUCUCUUUGAGUCAACUACUCAUCACAUUUUAUGCGCUGCAUUGCUAGCUAGCUGUAGCUUAUGCUUUCAGUGUUAUAUUCAUUCUCUGAUCCUUUGAUUGGGUGGAUAACAUAUCAGUUGAUGCUGCAAGAGCACGGAUAGGUUGGAGGACGUCUUCCGGAUGUUGUCAUAGUUACUAUGUAAGUCUAUGGAAGGGGGUGAGAAUUAUGAGCCUCCUAGGUUUUGUAUUACAGUCAAUGUACUCAGAGGAAGAUGGAAACUAGCUGUCCUCCUGCUAAACAAUGGUUCUACCCUACAGAGUGCUGUUAAGGCUACUGUAGACCUUAAUUGCAAAACAGUGUGUUUUAAUAAAUUGUUUGGUGACGUGAAUAUACUGUAUUUCAUAUAGUUUUAUCUAAACAGGAUAACUUUUUUUUAAAUACUACGUUUUUAUUUUUAUGAAAUUCACUGAGGAGGAUGGUCCUCCCCUUCCUCCUCUGAGAAGCCUCAACUGAUACACAGGAUGUCUAUGCGGAUACCCCCAAUAUUUAUUUGAUAGUGUAUUUAAUAGGGACAAUACAAGUUAAAACAUUGACAUAUUGACUGUUCUGAUUUGGGCAAUGCUUGUGUUGUGUUCCAGGUCGUACUCUUGGGUCCGGGGCGUUCGGCAGGGUGGUCGAGGCGACCGCCUACGGUCUCGGUCAUUCCCAGUCCAGCACAAAAGUGGCAGUGAAAAUGCUCAAAUGUAAGCGAUAACAAUUAUCUUCAGAUGCAGCUUUAAACAAGUAUGUUUCUGCUUUAGCCAACUUGUUGUUGGUUUGUUUGGUUAGACAACAAUCCAGUUUCAGUCUUGUUUCAUGUUCUCUGACCUUUGUGUCCUCUGACCUCUGACCACCAGCCACGGCCAGGAGGAGUGAGACCCAGGCUCUGAUGUCAGAGCUGAAGAUCAUGAGCCACCUGGGGCCUCACCUCAACAUCGUCAACCUGCUGGGAGCCUGCACCAAACAGGGUGAGCUCCGCCCCCAUCACCACAGCAACAAUCGCAACCUAAAGUCAUUAGCCUCUGAAAUCCCAUACCUAGGGCAACAGCAUGUAUACUGGAGCAUGGUUAAUGUGGGAGGCAACCCAUCUGCCUAAGGAGACUAUAACGUCAUAGCUACUAACUUUAAUUUUGAUUAAGCACAUAAUUGCAUGUGUAUCAUCCAGGCUCUGUCGCAGCCGGCCGCGACCGGGAGACUCAUGGGCGGCGCACAAUUGGCCCAGCAUCGUCCAGGGUAGGGGGAGGGAAUGGCCGGCAGGGAUGUAGCUCAGUUGAUAGAGCAUGGCGUUUGCAACGGCAGGGUUGUGGGUUCGAUUCCCACGGGGGGCCAGUAUAAAAAAAUAAUAAUUUAUAUAUGUAUUCACUAACUGUAAGUCGCUCUGGAUAAGAGCGUCUGCUAAAUGACUAAAAUGUAAAUGUAAAUGUAACACACAAAUUAUUCCCUGGUGAAGAUAAAUAAUUGUCAUUUUUUGUGACUUCCACAUCUCAGGCCCUCUCUACCUGGUGACGGAGUACUGUCGCUAUGGAGACCUGGUGGACUACUUACACAGGAACAAGCACACGUUCCUGCAGUACUACGCUGAAAAGAACCAGGAGGACUCUGGUUGCAGAGUCUCUGGAGGGAGCACCCCUCUCAGUCAGAGGAAAGGGUGAGAGCUACCUCCUCAUGCGGUUCAGGUCUUUGUUUGGAAGAUAAAGUAGAGGUUAUAUUGGCCAGGGGUGGAUCAAGUAUAACCACAUAUGAAUGGGAGAAAAAAAAGACAUUCACUGUCAAUUACAAAAAUGAGGCCAUACAUACAUUGAAUAUAUAUACAGUGGGGAGAACAAGUAUUUGAUACACUGCCGAUUUUGCAGGUUUUCCUACUUACAAAGCAUGUAGAGGUCUGUAAUUUUUAUCAUAGGUACACUUCAACUGUGAGAGACGGAUUCUAAAACAAAAAUCCAGAAAAUCACAUUGUAUGAUUUUUAAGUAAUUAAUUUGCAUUUUAUUGCAUGACAAAAGUAUUUGAUACAUCAGAAAAGCAGAACUUAAUAUUUGGUACAGAAACCAUUGUUUGCAAUUACAGAGAUCAUACGUUUCCUGUAGGUCUUGACCAGGUUUGCACACACUGCAGCAGGGAUUUUGGCCCACUCCUCCAUACAGACCUUCUCCAGAUCCUUAAAGUUUCGGGGCUGUCGCUGGGCAAUACAGACUUUCAGCUCCCUCCAAAGAUUUUCUAUUGGGUUCAGGUCUGGAGACUGGCUAGGCCAACCAGGACCUUGAGAUGCUUCUUACGGAGCCACUCCUUAGUUGCCCUGGCUGUGUGUUUCGGGUCAUUGUCAUGCUGGAAGACCCAGCCACGACCCAUCUUCAAUGCUCUUACUGAGGGAAGGAAGUUGUUAGCCAAGCUCUCGCGAUACAUGGCCCCAUCCAUCUUCCCCUCAAUACGGUGCAGUCGUCCUGUCCCCUUUGCAGAAAAGCAUCCCCAAAGAAUGAUGUUUCCACCUCCAUGCUUCACGGUUGGGAUGGUGUUCUUGGGGUUGUACUCAUCCUUCUUCUUCCUCCAAACACGGCGAGUGGAGUUUAGACCAAAAAGCUAUAUUUUUGUCUCAUCAGACCACAUGACCUUCUCCCAUUCCUCCUCUGGAUCAUCCAGAUGGUCAUUGGCAAACUUCAGAGGGGCCUGGACAUGCGCUGGCUUGAGCAGGGGGACCUUGCGUGCGCUGCAGGAUUUUAAUCCAUGAUGGCGUAGUGUGUUACUAAUGGUUUUCUUUGAGAAUGUGGUCCCAGCUCUCUUCAGGUCAUUGACCAGGUCCUGCCGUGUAGUUCUGGGCUGAUCCCUCACCUUCCUCAUGAUCAUUGAUGCCCCACGAGGUGAGAUCUUGCAUGGAGCCCCAGACCGAGGGUGAUUGACCGUCAUCUUGAACUUCUUCCAUUUUCUAAUAAUUGCGCCAAUAGUUGUUGCCUUCUCACCAAGCUGCUUGCCUAUUGUCCUGUAGCCCAUCCCAGCAUUGUGCAGGUCUACAAUGUUAUCCCUGAUGUCCUGACACAGCUCUCUGAUCUUGGCCAUUGUGGAGAGGUUGGAGUCUGUUUGAUUGAGUGUGUGGACAGGUGUCUUUUAUACAGGUAACGAGUUCAAACAGGUGCAGUUAAUACAGGUAAUGAGUGGAGAACAGGAGGGCUUCUUAAAGAAAAACUAACAGGUCUGUGAAAGCCGGAAUUCUUACUGGUUGGUAGGUGAUCAAAUACUUAUGUCAUGCAAUAAAAUGCAAAUUAAUUACUUAAAAAUCAUACAAUGUGAUUUUCUGGAUUUUUGUUUUAGAAUCCGUCUCUCACAGUUGAAGUGUACCUAUGAUAAAAAUUACAGACCUCUACAUGCUUUGUAAGUAGGAAAACCUGCAAAAUCGGCAGUGUAUCAAAUACUUGUUCUCCCCACUGUAUAUAUUUUAUUUUUUCAUUAUCCUAAUGUGUCCCAAAUAUCUUGGCAGCUACGUGUUAUUUGGCAGUGAGUUUGACGGUGGCUACAUGGACAUGAGUAAGGACGAGCCCACGGUGUACGUCCCCAUGCAGGAGCUGAAAGACACAAUCAAAUACACUGACAUCCAGCCUUCUCCCUACGAGUCUCCCUACCAUAACCACCUUUACCAGGAACAAGGUCCAAGAAAUACAUGCUAAUAACAAAGCCAAAGCGUACUGUAUACUUUGUAUAAUGUAGGUCUAUUGAAUGGGAGCCUGGUAUAGGAGGACUGUCUCAUUGUAAUGGCUGGAAUGGAAUAUCAAGCACAUCAAACAUAUGGAAACCACAUGUUUGACUCCAUUCCAUUAAAUCCAUUUCACCCAUUACAAUGAGCCCGUCCUCCUAUAGCUCCUCCCACCAGCCUCCACUUGUCUAUUGCAUGCCAGACAUAUGGGAAGCACAUGUGAAAGGAUGGGCGGCUGACGGGCAAACAGGAAAGAACAGUGUUAUUGUUUAUUUGACCUCCAGAAGCCUCUCUGUGUAUUUUAGCAUGUAGACGUCACUAUUCACAUACUGUAUAUACUGUCCAUGUGUAGCACCUGAACACCUAUUCACCUUUACAUUGUCUCCUUCCUCUUUUUGACCUCUGAACCCUUCCAUCCAUGUUUCUGCCCUCCCUCCAGACCAGACCACAGUGGACAGUGCCCUGUUCAUCAGUGACUCCCCCACCCUCAGCUAUUCUGACCUCAUCGGCUUCAGCUACCAGGUGGCCAAGGGUAUGGAGUUCCUCGCCUCCAAGAACGUAUGUUAUGUUAUGUUGUAUUAUUUUAGUUGAAUCAAAACUUUAUUGCUCUAUAUUUAUGUAUUAUUCUUUAUUGUGCCAGGUAAUUAAAGUACAGAGCAGCAUAUAGAAUAUACUUCAUUAUCUGUACUAAAUGUCCCAGCUGACCAUGUCUCCCUGUAACCCUGUUGUUGAAUCCUGUCCUCCCCAGUGUGUCCAUCGUGACCUGGCUGCCAGGAAUGUGUUGAUCUGUGAGGGGAAACUGGUGAAGAUCUGUGACUUUGGCCUGGCCAGAGACAUCAUGCACGACUCCAACUACGUCUCCAAAGGCAGCGUGAGUGCCAGGCUCACUCAGGGUCACUCAGGGUCACUCAGGGUCACUCAGGCUCACUCAGGGUCACUCAGGGUCACUCAUACACAUGAAACAUUACAUUACCAUUAUGGUAACCACUACGUAAAGUUUGAAAGAUAACAGCAAGAUAACACCAUAGAUUACGACCUUCAACCUACUUCAAUUGUAAUUAGCCAUAACUGCUGCUGUUACUUCUCAGUACCUGGCUGAUGUUAAUCUUACCUCUGACCUCUUCCCCCUCUCAGACGUUCCUUCCUCUGAAGUGGAUGGCCCCAGAGAGUAUUUUCCAUAACCUGUACACCACCCUGAGUGAUGUGUGGUCCUAUGGCAUCCUGCUCUGGGAGAUUUUCACCCUGGGUACGAGGACAUACAUGAAACAGAAACCAUUAAUUAUUAAUAGAUAGAUCGAAGACAAGAGAUUACUGUUUGAUUAAACUGAAACAACCCAUUAACUGGAGUUCAUUCACAUUCAGAAAUAUUAGUAGUAGUAUGAGUGCAGCUUUAGAUUACAUGACCUUGUUUAUUUAAAAUGUAUAUAUAAAGGUUUCACUGUGUCUAAACAGACAGGCAAUAAAGUUGUCUAUCAGAUGAUCUAAUCCUGAGUCUGUCUUCAGGGUCAGAUGAGCUCUUGUUGUUAUCUACAGUCAGGGUUUAUAAUGAAUUAAUUUGGGGAUAUUAAAAACGUUUUUGGAACUGCCGUGACAACAAGAGCACCUAUUGAGAAGUUGUUCAUUUAGGGUGAAGCCGCGUGAUUCGCAAACAACGUUUUUCUUUGGAAAUAAAACUUUGGGAAACUCCUGAUUCAGCAUGACUUCAAGAUUUAAAAAGUACAUUCAAACAGAUCAGCCUUUAAAUAUUAUUUUAUGUUCUGACAGGAGGAGCCCCCUACCCUGAUCUGCCCAUGAACGAGCUGUUCUACAGUGCCUUAAAGAGAGGCUAUCGAAUGGCCAAACCUGACCACGCCACCAAUGAAGUGUAAGUCUCUAGAAUGGCACCAAGAAGACCAUCCCUCCCAAAGACCUCUCUUAAAGAGUCAUCAGGAUUCUAGUCUUGUGUGUCAGAGAGAAUUUAAGAAAUUAAAUUGAUAUUUUCUGUACCUUGUCCUCCAGUUAUGAAGUCAUGCAGAAGUGCUGGGAUGAGAAGUACGAGAGAAGGCCAGAGUUCUCGUUUCUGGUGCACACAAUGGGGAACAUGCUCACAGACAGCUAUAAAAAGGUACCCUAUUCAUAUACAGGGUUCUUCCCCUUUACAUAGGGCAUCUGAGGACCAAGGUAUUUCCACGUUGACAUAUAUGAAAUAUGUGUGCAUCGAUUAUGUAUGUAUGAUUCAUGUAUCAGUUGGGUGUUUAUUGAUCGUUGACAUAUGUUAUUGAUUGUUUAUUGGUGUAGAGAUACUGCCAGGUCAACGAUGAGUUCUUCAAGCGCGACCACCCAGCCGUGGUCCACACCAAACCCAGGCUCUCCUCUCCCUUCCCCACCCCUGCCUUAACCCCCUCCACCGCCCCUGCCAUCCCCCAGGACCCCAACCCCUACCCCCUCACUGGGGACUUCAGACCGGAGACAGAUGGUGAGGAAGCUUCCUACAAUGACUACAUCAUCCCCAUCCCGGACCCCAAGCCUGAGGUGGAAGGCUGCUCUGAGGCCGACGACAUGCCAAAGAAAAAACUUGCAAGGUAUAGCCAUCUGACAUACGGCUAUAUGACUGACUGACUGCAGGUGUGUGCCAAGUGCUUGGCAUGCAGGAAAGAUGAGGCAGAUUUACUCUAGAGGACCUUGUAUCGUUACAACACCAACCCACACAGCCAGAUGUGGGAUUGAGACAAAAGCUGUCUUAUGUUACCAUGUAUACAUUGUGAGCUAUAAGGAUUGUGCAUACAGUACACAGGAUAUUUAAACAGAAAUCUAAGACGAGCCAAGAUGGAUUAAAAGUGAUAGUUUACAUGGAAUGUACAGGUGCCAUACUGUGCUUAAUGCCUAGUUUUCACCUGAAAUAAGCCAUAAAAUCCCAGGUUGGUUUGUGAAAGAACACGUGUGUUGUUAUUCCCUGUAGUUCUCGGGCUCUGGAGGAAGAGGAGGCUGAUUCCAUCUCCCAGGAGACAGUGGAGGCAAACACCAUUCCAGAGGAGGAGAAUCUCCACGCCAACCAGGCCCUGAUUCCCCUGGAGUCCUCUGGAACACCUGAAGCGGAAGACAGCUUCCUGUAG